AUGUUCCUGGUUUUGGGAGUUGUGUUGCGGCUGGGCCUGGCCGCCGGCUUGCACGGGCGGGCGGACCGCAGGACUUCUGACCGGACGACCGUCAGGCUGCUGUUGGACCCGCUGCUGCGUCACCUGACCAGCGCCCACCAAGACCACCUGGCCAACGUGUCGCUCUCGCCCUGGACCUACAGAGAAUCCAACAUGGCCUGGCGUCUCCCAAGGGUGUUGUCCAACGCCCGCUGCCUGACAAGCGGCUGUCUCGGCCAGCCGGGCGGCGGUGAAGACGCGACCUUGCAGGUCCGCCCUAUCCAGUAUCAGGUCCUGGUUUUGCACAGGUGAGCACAGAAACAAGGAAGUAAUAAAAAGAAGAAGAACCUGAGCAAGAAGAAGAAGAACAAAUAUGAAUUCAGACUGGGAACAGAAAUGAUUACAGUCGGCUGCACUUGUGUGAGAAACACUUAAUAACACACACACACACACACACACGCACGCACGCACGCACGCACGCACACACACACACACACACACACACACACACACACACACACACACACACACACACACACACACACACAGUACACACUUAAUAUAACACACACAGACAGACACACUUAUUGACACACACUUAGUGCUUAUUGACACAUUUGUUACUUAAAAACACACUUAAUAACACACACUUAUUCCUUAUUAACUUACACUUAUUGCUUAUUGACACACACUUAGUGCCUAAUAGCACACACUUAAUAACAUCACUUAGUGCUUAUUAACACACACUUUUUGCUUAUUAACAUAAAGUUGUUGCUUUUUAACAUACAAUUUGUUAACAUACACUUCUUGCUUAUCAACAUUGUUAUUGUUUAUUAACAUAGACAUAGUUAUUAUUAAUGUACAGUUAUUGCUUUUUCACUUGUGUGUGAGAUCAUGUCUUCUAGAAAAUAAUAAAGAAAUAACUCGGCUUUUUAAAAUAGAAUCAAAAUCAGCGUUUUGAGGCAACAUGAAAGGAGCUGAAAGAAAAAAAAAGCUUUUUGUUUUGGUUUUUGUUCUAAAAUGACAAACGCAAAUUUCAAUGGGAAAUCGUGAAAAUCCAAUUAAUUGGUUCCAGACACUCCAGAAUGUGGACACACCUAAAAAAUAUGGACACAUGUAAAAUCAAAAUGGACACAGGUAAAAAAUAUGAACACAUGUAAAAAAAAAAAAAAGGAUAUAUUUAAAAAUAUGGACGCACAUAAAAAAAA